AUGACCUCAAACUCGUCCCUUGCCGGAUCAGGCACCGCUUAUUCUUCAGACAUGGAAGAAUCAUCAUUUCUGAAACGUAGUCGUGUCAUUCACUUUGCACGGCUCGGUUUAUCCUUCUUGACCUUCAGCAUCGCUAUUGCUGUCGUAGCAUGCGAAGCCCCACCCUUGCGGCAUUACAAAAAUACCUCCCAAUGGGCGAGUGCUGGUCUCGCACUGUGGCCUUUGAACUUCGAUCUCCGCCCCACAGUUGCAGCCAUUGCCUGUGGAUGCAUAAUUGCCUUCUUGAACCUGGCUUACAUUGCCGCUGCGCUCCUACCAUCUCCGCACUCCCGCAUCAAGUCUAUCAACAUCUACGCAUCAGCCUCAGCCUUUGCUGGAUUUGUAACCGCCCUAGUCGGCAUCCUGUUUAUCAUCUACCUACCCUCUUCGGAAUAUCCCGCAGGUUUCAGCAAGAAUGAAACUCUCCACAGCUGGACUUGCAGGUGGCAGAACGGGACAAGUAGUACCAAGAGUCCCCGUCACUUUAAUCGUGACUGUAUCAAUACUCGUGCCGGGUUUGUCUUGCUGUGUGUACUUGUUGGAAUGGAGGUCCUGAUGGGCCUUGUUGCUGCUGCAGGAAUGUGGUUGCAGCGGGAUGUUUCUCGUCGUCGUGAAGCGCAGUUCCAACUUGAGAAAUUGGAGGUUGCCACCAAGCAUGUGUACCGGAAUUGA